GAGCUGUCCCAGGGUGCCCCGCGCGGCGUGGACUCGGGCCGCUGCCGCCAUCCCGCUGGCGAGAGGGAGAGAGAGGCCCGCCCGCUUGCCGGUCGGGCCAGUGUGGGCUAGUGCGUGAGGGCGCGGGGGGCCGUGUCAGCGAGACGCAGAGCGCAGCCGCCACCACCAAACGGACAUGUUGGAGCCCAGCGCCGCCGCCGCCGCCGCCUCUUUUGCCUCAUCCUCGGAACGGGACUGAGAGGGGGCCCGCCACCCCUCCGCCUCUGCCUCGGCCGUCCGCCCCGCCGCCUCGGCCGCAGCCUCUUCCUACCCGGCCUCCGACCCCGCCGUUCAUCGCCUCCUCCGGCCCCUCAGGCCCAGCCGGUUCCCCUGCCCCGCUCCGCCGCGGCGCGAGGUCUAUGUGACCGGCGGGCCCGGAGCAGCCGCCGCCGCAGCGCGAACAUGGACGCCGUCAACGCCUUCAACCAGGAGCUCUUUUCACUUAUGGAUAUGAAACCUCCCAUCUCUAGAGCCAAAAUGAUUCUCAUCACAAAAGCUGCUAUUAAAGCUAUUAAGCUUUAUAAGCAUGUAGUUCAAAUAGUAGAAAAGUUCAUCAAAAAGUGUAAACCAGAAUACAAGGUUCCAGGAUUAUAUGUAAUUGACUCAAUUGUGCGACAGUCUCGUCAUCAGUUUGGAACUGAUAAAGAUGUUUUUGGGCCAAGAUUCUCUAAAAACAUAACUGCCACAUUCCAAUAUUUAUAUCUUUGUCCAUCUGAAGAUAAGAGUAAAAUUGUUCGUGUACUGAACCUUUGGCAAAAAAAUGGAGUAUUCAAAAUUGAAAUUAUUCAGCCUCUCUUGGACAUGGCGGCAGGAACCAGUAAUGCCGCCCCCGUUGCAGAAAAUGUUACUAAUAAUGAAGGUUCACCUCCGCCGCCAGUUAAAGUUUCUUCUGAACUUCCACAAGCCACUACAAACUCCGUACCAACUGUACCACAGUUGCCCAGCUCUGAUGCAUUUGCUGCUGUGGCCCAACUCUUUCAGUCAACUCAAGGUCAACAGCUUCAGCAGAUCCUUCAGACUUUUCAGCAGCCUCCAAAACCACAGUCUCCCGCCAUUGACAAUGCUGUAAUGGCCCAGGUUCAGGCUAUCACAGCUCAGUUAAAGACAGCUCCUACACAACCGCCUGAACAAAAAGCUGCUUUCCCCCCACCUGAACAAAAAACUGCAUUUGACAAGAAGCUACUUGAUAGAUUUGAUUACGAUGAUGAGCCAGAAGCUGUGGAAGAGUCAAAGAAAGAAGACACUGCUGCUGCUGCCACCGCCACCGCCGCCGCCACCACAGCACCUCCUACCCCUGCUGCACCGCCUGCACCUGUUGCUGCCGUGCCUGCUGCUGCUGCUGCUGCUGCUGCUGCAACUGCUGCUUCUCCUCCACAGGCACCCUUUGGAUUUCCUGGAGAUGGCAUGCAGCAACCAGCAUAUACCCAACAUCAAAACAUGGAUCAGUUUCAACCGCGAAUGAUGACAAUACAGCAGGAUCCAGUGCACCAUCAGGUUCCACUUCCUCCUAAUGGACAGAUGCCAGGAUUUGGCCUUCUUCCUACACCUCCAUUUCCUCCCAUGGCUCAGUCCGUGAUUCCUCCAACUCCACCCGUGCAGCAGCCUUUCCAAACUUCCUUUCAGGCGCAGAAUGAGCCACUGACACAAAAGGCACAUCAGGAAAUGGAAGUAGAACAACCUUGUAUUCAAGAGGUGAAGCGGCACAUGUCUGAUAACAGAAAGUCGAGAUCUAGAUCAGCAUCCAGGUCACCAAAAAGGAGACGCUCUCGAUCUGGUUCUAGAUCUCGAAGGUCCCGCCAUCGACGUUCUCGAUCAAGGUCCAGAGAUAGACGCAGGCAUUCUCCUAGAUCCCGAUCCCAAGAAAGACGGGAUCGAGAAAAAGAAAGAGAACGCCGACAAAAGGGCCUUCCUCAAAUUAAGCCUGAAACUGCAAGUGUGUGUAGUACUACACUCUGGGUGGGUCAGCUGGACAAAAGGACUACUCAGCAGGAUGUUGCCAGUCUCCUAGAAGAGUUUGGUCCAAUUGAAUCAAUUAAUAUGAUUCCUCCCAGAGGUUGUGCCUAUAUUGUUAUGGUUCAUAGGCAAGAUGCUUAUCGUGCCCUGCAGAAACUGAGCCGAGGAAACUAUAAAGUGAACCAGAAAUCCAUAAAGAUUGCCUGGGCCUUAAACAAAGGAAUAAAGGCAGAUUAUAAGCAGUAUUGGGAUGUAGAACUUGGUGUGACUUACAUUCCAUGGGACAAAGUCAAGCCUGAAGAACUGGAAAGUUUUUGUGAAGGAGGAAUGUUGGACAGCGACACACUUAAUCCAGAUUGGAAGGGAAUUCCCAAAAAGCAUGAAAAUGAAGUUGCUCAAAAUGGAGGGGCAGAAACCUCACACACAGAACCAGUAUCACCCAUACCUAAGCCUUUACCUGUACCUGUCCCUCCUAUCCCUGUGCCUGCACCUAUAACAGUACCACCUCCACAGGUCCCACCACAUCAGCCGGGACCUCCUGUAGUUGGUGCUCUCCAGCCACCCACUUUCACGCCUCCUUUAGGAAUUCCGCCUCCAGGCUUUGGUCCUGGUGUUCCUCCUCCUCCACCUCCUCCGCCAUUUUUGCGCCCAGGAUUCAACCCAAUGCAUUUACCACCAGGUUUUCUUCCUCCUGGACCCCCACCUCCUAUAACUCCACCAGUAUCCAUUCCUCCUCCUCACACUCCACCAAUAAGCAUCCCAAACUUGGUGUCUGGGGCUAGAGGAAACGCCGAGUCUGGUGACAGUGUGAAAAUGUAUGGCUCUGCCGUGCCACCUGCUGCACCCACGAAUCUGCCUACCCCUCCUGUAACCCAGCCUGUCUCACUUCUUGGUACUCAAGGAGUUGCACCUGGUCCUGUAAUUGGGCUCCAGGCCCCAUCCACUGGUCUUCUUGGUGCCCGACCUGGCCUGAUCCCACUCCAGCGCCCACCAGGAAUGCCUCCACCUCAUUUACAACGAUUUCCUUUGAUGCCGCCUCGUCCCAUGCCUCCGCACAUGAUGCAUAGAGGUCCACCGCCAGGACCAGGGGGCUUUGGAAUGCCUCCGCCUCAUGGAAUGAAAGGUCCCUUUCCGCCCCAUGGCCCCUUUGUUCGGCCUGGUGGAAUGCCAGGGCUCGGGGGCCCAGGCCCAGGCCCAGGGGUUCCUGAAGACAGAGAUGGGAGGCAGCAACAGCCGCCACCACCACAGCAACAGCAGCAGCAGCAGCAGCAGCAGCAGCAGCCGCCACCACAGCCACAGCCACAACAGCAGCCGCCGCCAACUCAGCAACCACAACCAACUCAGCAGCAAUCACAACCAUUUAGAAAUGAUAACAGGCAGCAGUUCAAUUCAGGUAGAGACCAAGAAAGGUUUGGAAGAAGAUCUUUCGGAAAUAGGGUGGAAAAUGACCGGGAACGGUAUGGGAACCGUAAUGAUGAGAGAGAGAAUAGUAAUCGCGAAAGGAGAGAGUGGGGAAGAAGGAGCCCUGACCGGGACAGGCACAGAGACUUGGAAGAGAGGAAUAGACGCUCUAGUGGGCAUCGAGACAGAGAGAGAGAUUCUAGAGAGUCUCGUAGAGAGAAGGAAGAAAACCGAGGCAAGGAAAAGCCUGAGGUGACAGACAGAGCAGGUGGUAACAAAACCGUUGAACCUCCCAUUAGCCAAGUGGGAAAUGUAGACACUGUUUCAGAACUUGAUAAGGGGGGGGCUGAGUCUGCAGUUGUAAAACCUGAAGAGUUACCUGCUGAGGCUACCUCAUCCGUUGAACCCGAAAAGGAUUCUGGCUCAGCAGCAGAGGCUCCUCGUUAGAGACUGGAAUUUGUCUAAACGUGACAGUGACACUUCUGGAGUGUAGAGCUUGAGGUGUACAGAUGCUGUAUUAUAUUUGCUCCUGCUAUAUCACAGCCCCACAGUAGUUGGUGGGGAAUUGUAAGCAAUUUGAUUGCUUCCUUCUAUUUAAAAAUAGCCACAAAAUAACAAAAAAUACUGAAAAUAUGAAUAAAUAUUACCCUUUUUGCUGUAACUUUUUAAAAGUUUUGACUUUAAAAAGUUUACAAAUCGUAAUUAGAAGUGCUCUCUAUUUUUUUUUUUUUUUAAUUUAAGACAAGGUUAACGGUGAAAGCUCCUCAAAAACAAUAGGGAUGUUUUUAAUAAACUCUAUUUUCGUAACAAACUUUAAUGUGUGCUAUUCUUCCUACACUGCAUUAAGGUGGAAAAGGAUUGUUCACCAUCAAAGUUUGAGCUGUUAAUACUGUACUGGAGUCUAAAUUAGACUUGUUUAUUUGAUGGAAAUAGACAUCUUUAGUUAUUCUCAAACACUUCAUUUGUGAUACUUUUGAUUCUUAACAUUUUAAUCAUAAGGCAAAGGUUAGUGGUUUGAAUGUUAACUGAAGAGUUUGUUUUGCAGUUCAGUCAAGGUUUCCCUUCUUUUGCCAUUGGCUUUGUGGUGAAUGUUGCCCUGAUUAAUUUGUAAGAAAAAAUUUUGCUGGGGUAAAAACUGGAUUCCAGCAUUACCCAUUGUACUAUAAUUUAUCUGAUUGCCUGAGUAUUACUUAUUUAAAAGGUUGGGUGUUUUUCUUAUCCCAUUAAAUUUUUCAAAAGGGUGAAAAAAAAUCAAGGUUAAUUACAUUUGCAACCUAAAAGCUUCUUGUCUUAAAAUAUACCUGCUGAAGGACUUCAGUGCAAACUCUUGUUCUCCCCUAGGCCUUGCCUGUUGCCUUUCUUUACCAUUUUUUAAACUCCCUGCUGGGCAGAGGUAAACUGAACCUUUUGCCAUUUAGAAAGUACUUUAUCUCUUUUCCUUAAAAUUGCUGGGAUAACUAAGAAAAACAGUUGUAGGUUAUCCAAGAACUAUUACAUGAAGACAUCCAAAGUCCUAUCAAACCUAUACCUGAAAUAGUACAGAAAAGCAGUUACAUAAAACCACUUUACCCAGUGCCAAGGAAAAGACCUGCUAUUAACAGUCCAAGUAUCUGUAGCCUUGUUGAAGCUUUUUUCUUAAACUACAUUUUUAAACUGUCCUGGUUUCCGCGUGCCGAGCAGGGGACUUUUUCUUACCCUUACCCCAGGCGAAGCUGCUUUAUUACUUCGGCUGUUAGUUUUCUGCAGUAUGUUUUGAUGGGAGAAUGUAUCUAAGGCAAAGUUCUAGUGUACCUGCCUGUGGGAAGUAACCACAGACUUCAAUUACAAAGCUUAGUUCUGCUGGCCCACUGAGUCCUAACGGAAACAGCUUCUGCAAAUAGACAUCUGAAUAGUGUUCACAUUUUAAGGAUUUGCAGCCCUGUAUGUCCAGUCAAAAGUAUUAAGAUCAUCCUACUUGCACACGACAAACCUCAAAAGUACCAAGUAGCAGGUAGUAGUUACACUUGGGACUUGAAAGGAUACAAGCAGGUCCUGUAUUUGUCUUAUAAAUUGUACUUUAUGAAAUGUUUGUUUUUAAAACUCCCUGAUGGUGGUUUAACCACUUAAUGUGAGCAUACUGUUAUCACCAAUUUAAAGCCUUGAAAAUACUAUAAACUGCCUCUACAUUAGCUUUUCCUCUCCUAAAUGAUUACAUGAUAGCUACAACCAGCCCAAAUUGUUGCUUAUUUCUGGCUUCUCUAUCAGAAAUAAUAUUCCACAGUUUUCAUUUAAUAAACACCUGUAACCCACAGUAAAACCUGUUUUAAAUUAACAUUUCACUUAGAAGAGUUCUUUUAUAGGUGUGUAUUUACAUUAAGAGAAAUAGACUUGAAUUCACUAAUUGGGUGUGUAAAUUGUGUUUAAACAGCUGGACCCCACAAUCAUUUCUUUGCUUCCACCUCAUGGUGGUAUAAUAUACUUAAAGGGCUUAUCUGAAAGAUUGUGCCAACCUCUGCUGUUAUUAUAAAUAAAUGUUCAAGGGUCUACAAAAAUGAAUAUGUGCCAUUUUGGCAGGUAGGUAAAUCUUGUUCUGAGCUGGGGCUCCAAUGUGCUGUUCACAAUUUCACUAAAAGUUAUAAAAGGGCUCCAUUAAACCAUAAUAUGUACUUUUUAAAAUAAACUUGGAUAAUUUCUAAAUCGAAUGCUAAAGUAGCUAAAGCAAGGAAACCACCCUAAUUUCCCUAAAGCCAAGAAAGGACAGCCCAUUUGUCCAAGAUUAAAGUUCAGUCUAGCCUUAGCUAAAUCUACCAGUUGCUAAGACUUGAAGAUUUUGAUGAUGUCAUUAAAAACACUUUCAAAAACAGCUCUAUGAAAUGGUACCCAUCAACAGAUUACUACAUCUGUUCCAUUCAAGCUCUAUGUAGGAGCGUCAGAGCUAAUUUAGAAUUUCAAUGUAGAUACUUUAAUAGGCUCAAAAUACAGUGCCAUAGAGAGUAUUUGUUUAUUGCAGGCUUGAGUGAGAACUGGAGAAAUUCAGACAACUAAGUUUAAUAUUCAUAUGUGAUUAAGUCUGGCAAGGUACAGAGAUCACUGAAAUAGACAUUUUAAUUACGUCUGAGUUUUAUAAAAUUAUACACAUCUUCCAAGUGUUCGUAAAUCAGUUCUCAUUAUAGGUACUUAAAGCAAUUUUUAAAAGUCACACAAAUUAACACUUCUAAGGUUACAGUGUUUAAUGUUUAUCAAGUUAAAUUUCUACAACUACAACUAGCAAGAUAACAGAUGAGUUACUGGCAUUCAGACCAUGGCAUGAG